UGAUUGAACAUCACUUCCCGACCAAGUCUGAUAUGUCGAUAACAGAACGUAUGAUCGAUGAUUUGUUUUCGGCACGGCCUUACGUCAGUGUGUAUCUAAUGAGAAUGGUUUCGUUUUAUUUACUGAAUAAUUUUCUUUAAUUUCGAAGUGUUAGGGUUAGCCAAAAACACAAUUCUUUGGCUGACGGCUGCCGACCGCCUGCUCCUUGGUUGCGGGUUCUAUCCUCAUGGACCCGCCCACUAAACCCGGAGCCAAUCAAGUGGCAGACGUGGUGUUUGUCAUCGAAGGAACUGCGAACCUCGGCCCCUAUUUUGAAUCCCUCAGGAAAAAUUAUAUACUGCCUGCAAUAGAGUAUUUCAACGGAGGUCCCCCGGCAGAGACAGACUUUGGAGGAGAUUAUGGAGGCACCCAGUAUGGUCUGGUGGUCUUCAACACGGUGGACUGUGCUCCUGAGUCUUAUGUACAGUGUCACGCCCCAACCAGCUCUGCCUUUGAGUUUGUCUCAUGGAUCGACGGCAUCCAGUUCAUGGGAGGAGGGGCGGAGAGCUGUAGCCUCAUUGCAGAGGGAUUGUCGGUGGCUUUGCAGCUAUUUGAUGACUUCAAGAAGAUGAGAGAGCAAAUAGGUCAGACACACAAGGUGUGUGUAUUGCUGUGUAACUCUCCGCCAUACUUGCUCCCUGCCGUUGAGAGUGUGAGCUACACAGGCUGCACCGCAGAUGGCCUGGUCAAGAUCAUCAGAGACAGAGGGAUUCAUUUUUCAGUGGUGGCGCCACGGAAACUGCCGGCGUUACGCUCGCUGUUCGACAGGGCGUCGCCGGUCGGGGGACCAGUCGACACGCACCCGGACUACAGCCAGGACCCCUUCCACAUGGUCCUGGUCAGGGGCAUCUCCCUUCCUGUGUCGUCAGGAGGAGGACCAGGUCCUCUCAAACCCGCACCCCAACCCCUGCCUGUCAGUCAGGCUCCCAUUGGUCCCGUCUCGCAAGCUCCUCCGCCAAUAAGCACGGCCCAUCCGUAUCAGCCUCCACCUUCCCUUAACGCGGCACAGGCAGCUGCACAGAUGGCCGUAGAUGCCGCAAACAACCAGAAGAGUCGUUUCCCUGGGAUGGUCAAUCCUGGUCCUCAGUUCGGUGGCCAGUCAACAAUCUCGUCAGUAGGGGGAGGGAAGUUGGCUCCCUCCAGCCAGCCUAGCCUGUCCACCGUCACCACGGUUUCCACGCCCCUGUUGACCCAGCAACAAGCCCCUCCUCAGCACCAGCAACAAGUGCAGCCGCAAGGACCGCCGCCGCCCAAUCAGCAGCAGCCGUUGCCCCCUCAACAGCCGCCCCCAGCCAAUCAGCAGACGCCUCCACCCUCACAGCCGAGCAUGCCUGGCGUGUCCGCAGCACAGGCCAAUAAGAUUAUCGCGUGGAGUGGAGUGCUGGAGUGGCAAGAGAAGCCCAAAGCCUCGUCUAUGGAUUCCAAUACCAAACUCACGCGCUCCCUGCCCUGCCAGGUGCAAGUCAACCAAGGGGAGAACCUAAAUGCUGACCAGUGGCCACAGAAGCUCAUCAUGCAAUUGAUCCCACAACAGCUACUGACAACACUUGGUCCACUCUUCAGAAACUCUCGAAUGGUUCAGUUUCUCUUCACCAACAAGGAUUUGGAGUCUCUAAAGGGUCUUUAUCGUAUCAUGGCCAAUGGAUUUGCCGGCUGUGUCCACUUUCCCCACAGCGCCCCCUGUGAGGUGCGGGUCCUCAUGCUACUCUACUCUUCCAAGAAGAGGAUUUUCAUGGGGCUCAUCCCCAAUGACCAGAGUGGCUUCGUCAACGGCAUCCGACAGGUCAUCACCAACCACAAGCAGGUCCAGCAGCACCGCUCGUUGGGUUCCGGAGGGCCGAUGCCAGGGCAGCCCGGCCAGGUUCAACCCAAUCAGAACUUCCUCAACCGGCCGCAGGGGCCCAUCCCGGUCUCCCACGGCAACGUGCAGCAACAGUCUGUGGUGGUGGGCAUGCCUCCUGGUAGCCAGGUGUCUCUGAUGGAGGAGCAGCAGAGACAGGCCAACCUGAUGACAAUGAGAGCCGCCGGCGCAGCCAAUCAGCAGCCGCCGGUCACUGGCGCUCCACCCAACCAGGUCGCUCAGGGUGGACAAGCCCCGCCCCAGGGUGCCAUGCUACGCCUUCCAAACCCAGGAGCCAAUCCGCAGCUGCGCAGUCUCCUCCUCAGCCAGCAGCAGCCACAGGGCGGUGUUGGUCACAUGCAGGGCAUGAUGCCUCAUCCGGGAAUGGGGGGGCAGCUCGUCCAUCCCACCCCAGGAGGGGGUGCCCAAAUGCAGGGCCAGUGGAGGCAGCCCCUGGCAGGUCAGAUGUUGAUGGCUGCUGGUCAGAGGGGUCCUGGCGCACAGCCCCCUGGGAUGCCUCAGGUAUCCUCCGUCAUGGAAGAUGAAAUUCUCAUGGACCUUAUUUGAUUUUGGAUCCAAAAGACACUACAUCCCCCAGCAACAAGCGCUUUCACCUUCAACACAGCUGGCUCGACAGGGGGAUGUUUUUUUUUCUUUGCCUCGUUUCUACUCUGGCUUUGUUUUCUGUGUUUUUCCUUGUUUUAUAUCAAAUGAGCAGAUAAAAGCAGGGUAAAGGAGUUUGUACUGCAGAGCUAUUGGAUAGGAUGAGGGGCAGCCAUGCAAGCACAUGCUCUCAUAUACACACAGACCGUCACACAUGCCUAACGAAGCCAACCCAGUGGGAGGAUAAUGUUAUCUACACUGUUGUAUGUUGGUCUGCAAACCUGCUUCACAUUCAUUUAAUUGUUAAUAUGAAAUGUCAUUUUUUAUUGAGGUUUUACUUUUUCCGAUGUUUUUCUGCAAUAGAUGGAUGACAUUGUUUUAUUGAGGUUGAAAUAAAGAUUAAUUUUGUCAAGGA